AUGUAUUUCAAUACAUUUGAUUUACUUAUAACCGUAACUAGUUUCGGCUGCAUUCCAAGUCAGGAAAGCCAUUGCGAUUGUUUUCCUACUUGUUAUCGGAAAUUUUCAUUAAUCGAAAAGGAGAAGAGAUCAAUACAACCUAUUAUAUACGCCGACAAUACCCAAACAUUAAUGGAAUGCAUUGACUUGGCUUUUCAACACAAAGGCUUAGCUUUAAAUUAUCAAUCUGAAAGUCUUGUUAAAAGAUCGCUAAAGGUUGCAAGGAACUUUACAUGGAAUCUGCAAAGUCAUUGGCAAUUAGUGCAUUUGUAUUUCAAUUGUCAUGUCUUACAGUGUCCGGAGAAUGUGACAAUGGGCACGCUCGUCCGUGACAUAAAUUUCAAUUAUUUUUCAUUAUAUCAACAGCCGAUAGUUGCCACUAAUUAUAUUUGUGUACCCGAGAUUGGUGUCUUCAUUCUUAAUACGGAUCCAGUAGGUUUUCGUAAUGCUUCUUUAAAUUGUUUUCAUACGACAGCAGAAUCCUGUGUCUCUUUGGCUCAUGUGGCUUCCGAAAAGCGCACAAAAUUCUUAAGUAAAUUACUUAAGGAGCAUAAUCAACAACAUUUUCAACAAAAUAAUAAUAGAACCGAGAGAGUCCAUUUAGCUUAUGUGGAUUUACAAUAUAAUCGUACUCGCUCGCCAAAUAAAAUGGAAUUUUUCAAUUCAAUGGGCGAAAGCUUAGACAGAAUUCCAUAUCGUGCAUGGGAACCAGGAAGUCCGAAAGCAAGUUUACAAUUGAUCAACGCUAGUUGUGUGGCCUUGACUAUUCGCUCUACCUGGCUAACUGUUGAUUGUCAACGCAAAUUGCCGUACAUUUGCGAGAUUUUUACUUCCUCUCGUAACAACUAA